UAUAGAUGUAUAGCCAAAGAAGAGGUGUAUGUCAUGAACCCGGAGCUGACAAUGGACAGCAUCGGGAAUUUGCACAGUGGGCUCAGCCAUGAGCAGUCCCCGGGCGAGCUGAUGAGCAGUCAGCAGCGGCAGGCGGUCUCCGCGGCGGCGGCGGCAGCGGCGGCGGCCGCUCACCGGGAGCUCGCCACCAGGUCGGCGAUGGCGUCUCUCCUGGACGGAGCCGGCGAGUACCGCCCGGAGCUCUCGGUCCCCCUGCACCCGGCCAUCAGCAUGGCCUGCGACUCCCCGCCCGGCAUGGGCAUGAGCAGCACCUACACCACGCUGACCCCGCUGCAGCCGCUGCCGCCCAUCUCCACGGUGUCGGACAAGUUCCCCCACCCGGGCCACCCGCCUCACCCCCACCCGGGCCACCACCACCCGAGCCACCCCCACCCCCACCCCCACCCCCACCCCCAGAGGCUGGGCCCCGGCAACGUCAGCGGCAGCUUCACCCUGAUGCGGGACGAGAGGGGCUUGCCCUCGGCCAUGAACAAUCUCUACAGCCCGUACCACAAGGAGGUGCCGGGGAUAACCCAGAGCCUGUCCCCCCUGGGCAGCACCCCGCUGGGGAACGGCCUGGGGCCCCUCCACAACCCGCACCAGGGCAUCCAGGCCUACGGAUCCAACGGCCACGACAAGAUGCUGGGCUCCAACUUCGAAGCCCACACCGCCAUGCUGGCCCGGGGCGAGCAGCACCUGUCCCGGGCGCUGGGGGCGCCCUCGGCCGGCAUGAUGUCGCACCUGAACGGCUUGCACCACCACCACCAUCACCACCAUCACCACCACCACGGCCACUCGGGCCACCACCCGUCCCACGGGCCCGUGCUGGCUUCGAGCCGGGAGCGGCCUCCCUCCUCCUCCUCGGGCUCGCAGGCCAGCACCGCGGCUCAGCUGGAAGAGAUCAACACCAAGGAGGUGGCACAAAGGAUCACGGCGGAGCUCAAGCGCUACAGCAUCCCGCAGGCCAUCUUCGCCCAGAGGGUGCUGUGCCGCUCGCAGGGGACUCUCUCGGACCUGUUAAGGAACCCCAAACCCUGGAGUAAACUUAAAUCGGGACGCGAGACCUUCAGGCGGAUGUGGAAAUGGCUGCAAGAGCCUGAGUUCCAGAGAAUGUCAGCCUUAAGGCUUGCAGCAUGCAAACGCAAAGAACAAGAACAGAACAAAGAGAAGAGCAAUACACCAAAGAAGCCACGGCUAGUUUUCACUGACCUCCAACGCCGAACUCUUUUUGCCAUUUUCAAGGAAAAUAAGCGCCCUUCUAAGGAGAUGCAGCUCACCAUCUCACAACAGCUCGGUCUGGAGUUGACCACUGUCAGUAAUUUCUUUAUGAAUGCCCGGAGGCGAAGCUUGGACAAAUGGCAGGACGAAGCCAUGUCGAGCCCAGGGGCUUCAUCGUCGACCUCAAGCACUUGUACCAAAGCAUGA